AUCUCAGGACUGAUUGAGGGACAGAGAAGACCCUCACUGGGCUCAGGUGCUCUUCUUAAGUCAGAGACACUGGGGGCUUGUGAGAGUACCCUUUCUUCUGAGGCCCUGCCAUCUGUCAGUUUCCCAGGCACCCUCCCCAGGUGAGGCUUCUUUGACCAUGGAGUUAACUAGGACCUCGGAUGACAUGAGAAACAGGAUGAUGGAAUUAAAUUCAGCUUUGCUGUCUGUCCGUCAUGAAUCUGUGCUACAGCUAACUUCUGAGUAACAGAGGGACAGACUCCCACAACACGAACCCUAAUGGGGGCUUUUCUCUGAGGCCUCUAGAGGUUCUGGGCAUAGGGCAAGGAGAGAGGGGAAGGCAUGAACAGGAAGAACAUGACAUUCAACUCCUCCCUCAUAGUAAAGCAGCUUAGAGCACCCUCACAGAAGCGAUGCUAUGAAUGUAAAUGUCUUUGUGAACCCCUGGUUCACCUGUAGAAGCUUCCCUGACCCUAGGAUGCUGGGUCAGCAGCCCUGAGGGCAAGCUGGUGGUGCCAUCUGUUCCUUAGCCCUGCUGACAGGCAGCGGCUCCAACAGCAUCUUCAUCCUAUCCAAUUCCACUGACUAGUUCUCAGAGAGUAGGGCAGGAAUCCACCUUCUUUUCCCUGAAGGAAACCAAGACCAGUGUACUUGGGGAUUUUAGGGCAUAGCUGAAGCCCCGGGUUUCUGCAGUUCAAGGGAAGAAUUUCACAAAGUACAGGAUUGAAAGCAGAAACCUCAGUCAAAGGCUGAGGUUUGAGGAGGGAGGUGUAACCAGCUUCCUGAUGUGCAUCAAUCUGGUCAAACCCAGAUCUCUAUCAACCCCAAUCCUGCCCUGUUUCACACUUCUCAACCUCCCUUGAAUGAAUGCCAAGCCUCUUCCCUCUAGAGGCGGAGCCACCCACUCUGAACGGCUUAAAACCCUAAGGCCUGAGUCUGGUGUGGGAAAUAGCCCUGGCAUGGCCCUCUGGCUCCUCACCCUGUGUCAGCUCCAUGGCCAGUCCUGUGGAGGCAUCUCCAGGCUGUGCCAGUGGGUUGGGCUCCCAUCGGAGGAAGAGGACCACGUUCAGUGUUGGGCAGUUGCUGGAGCUGGAACGGGUGUUUGCAGCUAGGCCCUAUCCUGACAUCAGCACCCGUGAGCAUCUGGCUCAGGUAACUCACCUGCCUGAAGCCAAGAUCCAGGUGUGGUUCCAGAACCGCAGAGCCAAGAGAAUCAAGGACAGAAAGCCAGGAUCCCUAAACACCAGGCUGGAGCAUCCCCCAAACUCCUGUUUUCUUGCAGACACUCCCCAGCUGCCUUGGGACCCUGGAACACCAAGCCAUCCUCUACACCCUACCAGUUCAGCUCAGGAUACUUCAGCAUGCCCACCACAGACCUCUUGCCUAGCCCCCAUUUUGGGUCCAGGGCAGAGUUGGUCAGGGGCUAAAGCUGCAGCCCCAUGGGGGACAAGUGGGGCUUCAGGGGUUCACUCUUUAGAGCAAAUUGUCCCUCAUACUUCACUGGGCAACCUGUCUGACCUUAUCUAUACCUCAGCCAUUGUCACCAAUGUAGACCACUUCUAAUUUAGGUGUAGCACUUGUAAGACUUGGCUUCGGCCUUGGAGCCUAGUUUCUCCUAGGACGGAGCAUGUAAGAGCACCCCUGCCUCUUUUUGUACAGGACUGUUCUCUAACAGUUUAGUUCAGGGACCCCCACCCACAGCCUCUACCAGCCUAGUUGAAGUCCUGUGCAGUGACUGGAGCCUGGCUCCUAUAACUUGGCAUCCUGGUCCUCUUGGGGGCAUAUGCCCAUUGUCUCAUCAGGAGAUACUGUCAAAGUAAGGGACUAUAUUUGCCACCUUUACUGACAGGUUUGGGUCCCCAACUCCUAUUAUCUUAGCUGAAUGAUCUCUUUCCUCUAAAGGGGCAGCUGCCAGUCUAAGGAGUCCUGUCAGGACUUCACGUAUGUGCCAGGGGAAGGGUACUGGACUGCUGGGACCCACACUUUCAUGGUUCAGGGCCCCACUGUCUGACUUCCUAUCACCUGGACAAAUUAAUCAGAACUGUGGAUUUGAAGAGAGUGAUAUUAAAGUCACAGAAAUAAAAGCCUGGGUCUUAGGUUGAUUAAAUUUCCCCAAAGAUCAGAUUGGCUGCCCUGUGAUGUGGGCUGUGGGGACAACCUGACAGAACUGUGGGGGAGGGAUUGGUAUUACUGUCAUCUGUAAUACCAACUAAUCUCCAAAUAAAACAAAACUCUGCUUUAA